CAACCUACCUAACAAAUUGAACGCAUUCACAGUCUUGCCAAGACGCCAUCGGCUGGCGACUCCCGCAAAUGCCCGCAGAUGUUGAAGCUGUUCACUGCUGCCCGUGAGUGGACCACCACGAGGGUAUCGACGGGAUCAGCUGGGGCGCUCGCUCUCUCGAGACUUUCUCCUCUACUCCUCAAUUCGGCGUCAUCCGCGCAUUCCGGUGGGCUUCAACAGUACCUAUGUGGACUCUGAGCCAGCACGCCACGUUCGACAAGGCCGCCGCGACAGUCGCGCUCGUGACUGCAGCGUACGUCGGCUGGAACGUCGUGUCGGCCGUCGUAGCGAGACGAGCCGUGAACCGCGUGCUCGCAGACCAGGGGGUCUAUGAGCCUCCGUCGCUGCCCGUGCUGGGCCACACGCUGGACCUGAUGCACAACAAGGACCGCUUCCACGACUGGUUCGCGGAGCAGUGUCUCGCUGCGGGUGGCCGUCCGUGGGUCUUGCGCAUCAUCGGACGCCCACCGACGUUGGUGCUCACGUCACCGCAAGAAAUCGAGGACGUGUUCAAGACGCAGGUGGACAUUUUCGAGAAGGGCCUGGACAUCCGUGAGAUCGGCCACGACUUCUUCGGCGACGGGAUCGUCGGCGUGGAUGGCGAAAAGUGGCAGAAGCAGCGACGCACCGCCAGCCACUUGUUCUCGGUGGGCAUGCUCCGAGACGUCAUGGACGCCGUGGUAAUGGAGAAGACGCUGCAGCUGCGGGACGUGCUGGCCGAGUGUGCUCGCGUGAACCGACCCGUGAGCAUGAAGUCGCUGCUGGCCAAGCUGUCGAGCGACGUGUUCACGAAGAUCGGCUUCGGCGUGGACCUCAACGGCCUGGGAGGUGACGUCGACGACGACAUGGAGCACCCGUUCAUCAAGGCCGUCGAGACGUAUGGGUCUGUCUUCCAGUCGCGACUUCAGAGUCCGAUGUGGCUCUGGCGGCUGAAGAAGCGCCUGGGUGUUGGCGAGGAAGGCGAGCUUCGCAAGGCUCGAGUCAUUGUGCACGACCUCGUGAUGGAGAUUAUGAAGAAGUCCAUGGCUAGCAAGAACUCUGCAACCGGUUCAAAGCAGCAGAAGGACUUGAUCACGCUCUUCAUGAAGACAAUGGACAGCUCUGCCGACGUGAUGGAGGUGCGCGACGCCGUAAUGAACUUCUUCUUGGCCGGCCGAGACACCACCUCAUUCAGCAUGUCCUGGAUGAUCGUCAACAUGAACCGGUACCCGCGGGUCCUCGAGAAGAUUCGCGCCGAGAUCAACGCGAACCUGCCCGAGCUGCUUACAGGCGAGAUUCAAGCUCCUUCCAUGGCAGACCUCCAGAAGCUGCCGUACCUGGAGGCAGCGAUGAGGGAGAGCCUUCGCCUCUAUAUGGCCACCGUGCAUCGUGCGCCCAACCGGUCGACCACGCUCAGCGGAGGUCUUCACGUGCCGUUCGGCACGCACGUGAUCGUGCCGACGUACGCAAUGGGGCGAAUGCCGACAGUUUGGGGCGAAGAUGCCGCCGAGUACCGCCCCGAGCGCUGGAUCGGCGAGGACGGCCGCGUGCUCAAGGUGUCGCCCUUCAAAUUCUUCAGCUUCCUGGCCGGCCCGCACCAGUGUCUUGGCAUGCGCUUCGCUCUGUUGGAGAUGCAGACGGUCAUGGCAGUUCUGCUCAGCCGCUUCGACAUCAAGACGGUGGAGAACCCGUUCGAGAUCACCUACGACUACUCGCUCGUCAUUCCCGUCAAGGGCCCACUGAUGGCCAACAUCCACGAUCGAUCGACGUCCGUGGCGGCUAGCAGCUAA